AUGCUUGACAGCGCUGCUCUCGUCCUGAUAGGGCUGGCUGGAGUCGCCCUCGGCUCGCAGCCCCAGGCUCCAGAUCCCAUUCCUGCGCCGCUGAGGGAGCUGACAUGGGGCCAGCUUAACUUCCUCCACACCACCGACGUCCACGGCUGGUAUUCGGGCCAUCUACAGGAGCCGUCGUUCUCUGCCGACUGGGGAGAUUAUGUCUCCUUCGCGACUCGCAUGCGUGAAAAGGCCGAAGCAGCCGGGACGGAUCUACUGGUAGUCGAUACUGGAGAUCGGGUCGAAGGGAAUGGACUCUACGACAGCUCAGACCCCAAGGGAGUGUAUGCCUCGGAGUUUCUGAAAAAGCAGCAUAUUGACCUGCUUUGCUCGGGAAACCAUGAGCUCUACAAGCAGAACACGUCGGAGGCUGAGUUCCGCACGACUGUACCGAACUUCAAGGGUAACUACCUUGCCUCUAACAUCGAUAUCAUCGAUCCGGAAUCUGGUGAGAUUGUGCCUCUUGCCCAGCGGUUCAAGAAGUUCACCACCAAGAUGCAAGGAAUCCGGAUUAUGGCGUUCGGGUUCUUGUUCGAUUUUACGGGGAAUUACAACAAUACCGUUGUGACGCCUGUUGAAGAGACGAUCAAGCAAGCGUGGUUCCAGAAGGCUAUUAGAGACCGGGAAGUUGAUCUCUUCCUCGUUAUUGGCCAUGUCCCGGCCAAGUCGAAGGAGUACGCUGCCAUCUUCACCGCGAUACGGUCGGUCCAGUGGGACACGCCGAUUCAGUUCUUUGGGGGGCAUCAUCAUAUCCGUGACUACGUCAAGUAUGAUAACAAAGCAUACAGUCUUGCCAGCGGGCGAUUUAUGGAAACUAUUGGCUUUGCGUCGUUGAGUGGGCUGAGCACAGCGAAGAAACAGACCUCUGCGGCCAGGACCUCCCCUGUUUUCACUCGAAGAUAUAUCGAUAACAAUCUAUUCUCACUAUACCACCACUCGGGCCAUGAUGAGUCUACUUUCCACACACCUGAAGGGAAGAAGGUGACUGAAGAUAUCCGGAAAGCUCGAAGUGCUCUCAAGCUUGACCAUGUCUACGGCUGUGCCCCGAAGACACUGUGGAUGUCCCGGGCCAAAUAUCCGUCCGACGAUAGCAUCUACAGCUGGCUCGAGAAAGAGGUCCUCCCUAGCUCUCUUAGGCCCCAUCUCCGUGAGAAUACCGCUGGUCUCGCUAUCAUCAACACGGGCGGCAUCCGGUUUGACAUCUUCAAAGGCCCAUUUACUCAGGAUGGCGCGUACAUCGUGUCGCCAUUUACGAAUGAGUUCCGAUUCAUGAAGGAUGUGCCGUAUGACAAGGCCGUCAUGGUCUUGAAGGUGCUGAACAAGGCUACCAACAUUCUCACGCAGGCAGGAUUUAUGCCUAUGGAUUCUUCAUCUCUUAGCCCACCGGAACAGUGGUCCAGAACGGAAGACUUUAUUGCAAAGGCCGAUCAUAUACCACUGUCCCAUGGAGCCAACAAUGAGCAGAAUCCACUGCAGGACGGUGAUGAGCCUACCCUGACUCCAGGAUACACUACCAAAGAUGACGGUGGGACAGAUGGAGACGACACUGUGCAUACCCCUGUGUCCUUUUACCGGGCUCCAAACUGCAUCAUGGCUACCAUCACAAACGAUGAUGACUCUUCCUCGACGCCGGAUGUAGUGGACCUGCUGUACCUCGACUUUCUCGAGCCUUGGGUGACUGUGGCUACUAAGAUCGUCGGGAUCGACUUUGACCCUAAGAAAGACGCAGAGGCCUUUAUGCCCGGCGUCCAGAUGAGAACCAUGCUCACGGCCUGGGCAACUGUCAUCGUACUUGUUUCUGGCUCUCAACAAGCCGUCAACAAAAAAAAAGAACUUCGACUUUCUUUGCAACGAAACAAGCAGAAGCAGCAGACGAAGAAGAAGACGACGACGACGACGACGACGCAAGACCAGCAGCUCGAUCGACUAGACGCAAUCCCGAAGCAGCUCAGUGAGACCGCUGCCAGUGCCAAUUGCUCUCCCUCGUCGCCAGAGACCGCCCUAGCUAGCUUCUUCUCCCCCGUCCUCAGCACAAAUUCCCGCGCAAAUGGCCGCCCCCAGGAUACUACGGCCGACUUCCCGAUUGCUGGCACCGCGGUCGUCUCUCCCAGCAGCCCGUUUCUCUGCCUUCCGGCCAGCUGUCUUCGCUCAGCCGGUUGCACAGAGACGCUCGAGGUCACCGUCAGAGAUGCGCUCAACGAGGCUUUGGCGGAGGAGCUGACCAGCAACGAGAAGGUCUUCAUUCUCGGAGAGGAGGUGGCUCAGUACAACGGAGCUUACAAGGUCACCAAGGGUCUUCUCGACCGAUUCGGCGAUCGUCGAGUUAUUGACACUCCUAUCACCGAGCAGGGUUUCUGCGGUCUCGCCGUUGGCGCUGCUCUCGCUGGUCUUCACCCGGUUUGCGAGUUCAUGACCUUCAACUUUGCCAUGCAGGCCAUCGACCAAAUCGUUAACUCCGCCGCAAAGACUCACUACAUGUCCGGAGGUAUCCAGCCCUGCAACAUCACCUUCAGAGGACCCAACGGUUUUGCUGCUGGUGUCGCUGCCCAGCACUCUCAGGACUACGCUGCUUGGUAUGGAAGCAUACCUGGCCUGAAGGUUGUCACUCCAUGGAGCUCCGAGGACGCCAAGGGUCUCUUGAAGGCUGCCAUUCGUGACCCCAACCCAGUCGUCGUCCUUGAGAAUGAGCUUCUUUAUGGACAAUCCUUCCCCAUGAGCGAGGCUGCUCAGAAAGACGACUUCGUUAUCCCUCUCGGAAAGGCCAAGAUCGAGCGUCCUGGAAAAGACGUAACCAUCGUCACCCUCUCCCGCUCCGUUGGCCUCUCCCUUCAGGCUGCCGCCCAGCUCAAGUCCAAGUAUGGUGUCGAGGCCGAGGUCAUCAACCUCCGCUCUGUCAAGCCGCUUGACGUUGAGGCCAUCGUCAAGUCGGUCAAGAAGACCGGUCACUUGAUCGCUGUUGAGUCCGGUUUCCCCAUGUUCGGUGUUUCGUCCGAGAUCCUCGCCCUCGCCAUGGAAUACGGUUUCGACUAUCUCCAAGCCCCUGCCAUCCGUGUCACUGGUGCUGAAGUGCCCACCCCAUAUGCCGAGAAGUUGGAGACCAUGAGUUUCCCACAGGAGGACACCAUCCUGUCCCAGGCUACCAAGCUCCUCCGACUAUAG